AUGGCCAAGGCGCCCCUGUACUACAAGCAGGCCAUAGAGCAUGCGGAGAGCGAGUGGUCACAGCACCACGCCAAGCGCCUCAUAGACACAAAGACAAAGGGCCUGCGCGGCAGCGUGCCCCCGGGGUUCCCCUACUUCUACUUUGGCUACAGCGCGGGCUACCUCCAUGUGAUUGAUGACGAGAGCACCUUUGACCGCGAAUUCGGCCGCCAGGUGGCUGUCGGGCUGCUGCGGCUGCCGGCAGAGGAGAUGCACCGCAGGCAGCGCGCGGAGCCUCAGGCGGCGCAGGAGCGCGCGGCGGCGCAGUUCCGCGCCGCCUUUGACAAGUACGACUGGACCAAGGCCCUCGCAGGCUGA